GCGCGCUGCUGACGAAGCGCAGUCCUUACAGGUAUAAAGACCGGCCAACUUUGUAGGUCCCGACCAUCCCAAUUUCAGAAACAGUCUCCAGCCUUCAGUUAACACACAUCCGCUCGCAACUCGACAUGCUCGUCCUGACUCCUGUCUCCGCGUUCUCGUCUGGCUAUUACCCCUACCCGGUAGUCAGCCCCGUCUCCAUCCAGAACGACUACCUUGAGGCCGUCGCACUAGCUCGCGCCGAAGCGGUCCACCGCCUCAGGCAGCAAGAACUCAGGCGCAGGCAGAUCGAAGAGCACCAUCGCCAGGCUGCUUUCGAAGCUGUGUACCGGCAACAGGUUCUCCGUGAGCGCCAGCGCCGUCUUGCAUUCGCCCGGCAACGCGAGGAGGCGUACGUCCGCGCCCUCCUCGAGGCUCGGGAACACGAGCGUGCUGAGCAACUCAGGCUCCGUAGGGCGAGGGAGCAGCAGCUCCUGUCUGCGGUGUCUGGUUUCGGGUCGAUGGUCGACUUCGCUACUGAGGUAGUCGAACCAGAGAAGACUACAUCUCAGGUACCUCGCGCAUCCCCGCAGCCAUCGAUCUCUCAACCUAGUCGCGUACCCUCGCCAGUCUCGUCCGCUCGUGAGCGUCUCCAGCAGCGCCUCGAGCGUGAGUCCGAUCCCGAUGUUCGCGGUGCCGUCGAAGCUCUCCUGUCCGUGUUCCUUGCGAAGAGCCAGAGCCCACCCGUGGAUCGUAAGGGCAAGGGCAAGGCCCGUGAAGAAGUUCCCUACCAGGCUCCCGUCGCCUCGUCUUCCACGACACGGGGUCCCCCUUCGUCUACUUCCGCAAGCCCUGCUCCAGCUGUGACAUCAUCGCGGCCCACUUCCGGCCGAUCCCUGAAGGAGGCUCUCCAGCAGCGCGUGCAGAACGAGGAAGACCUAGAGAUCAAGGAGUCGCUGAACAGCCUCUUCACGAAGCUCUACGGAACCCCCAAGGCGGCGCCUCAGCCUUCCACUGAGUCUGCCACACCUAGCGCGACCACCAGCGCGAAGUUCGAGGAUCGCGCAAUCAACGAAAGGACACAAUCCAAUUUUUCGGAGGCAUCUGCUACCGGAGUACCGAGCCACGACGGCGCCGACCUCCACCGCAACUCGGCGCUCCCACCCUCUGCCGCCGCCAAGAUCCUCGCGCUUCACCGCUCGCGUCGAGCACGGCGCACCUCGCUCGGCGCCAUCCAGGAGAUCGAGGACGCGCUGCACACGCUCCAGGCAUCUUUCGCCUUCCCCACACAGCUUGACUUCUCUCCCUCCGCUGACUCUGAGAACCAGAAGCAGCUCGGCGCGCAGAACGGGCUGAUGUAUACGUCGAACAACCGCGCGGUGCACUCGUACGAGCACGCGCUGAACGCGCUGCUCGAGCGCCUCGAUGCGGUGGACAGUCGAGGCGACCUGGAGGUGCGCGGAAGGAGGAAGGACGUCGUGAGGGAGGUGGAGAACGCGUUGAAGGAAGUCGAGCGAAGGGUGGAGGAGAGCAGGGAGCGGAGUCGCGAGAGGGAGGGCGCGCGGACCCCCUUGGCGGAGGCUCCUGCGGCUCAGGAGCCGGAGCCUGUGCCCGCUGUCGACCCGUCCUCGCAAGCCGACGCUACGGAGGACGUGCCAUCACCUGCUGUCGACCCCACGCCUGUCACCCAUAACGAUGCUCAGGAGUCCGCUAAUGACACGACCCACACAUCCGACGACGUGCCUGAGAACCUUCCUGCUCCUGAGACCCUCAGCAACCCGUCUUCGUUCUCUCAAGCUCCGGCAUCCCAUCCAUCCCCUCGUACCGUCGCCAACCUCUCGUAUGCUGCGUCCACUCUAGAUCUCCCGGUCGCGUCUGUUCUGUCCUCGCCCGCGGCUUCCUCUGUCGAGAGGCCUGUGCCCGAAGCUGCCUCUGAGGCGUCUCAAGAGCAAGACGCAACUCCUGUCACUGAACCGACCUCGCCACAGCCCGAGAAUGUCGCCGCCAGCACCGAAGCGCACUCCUCCCUCGUCAACACGCCCUCGGACUCUAACACAUCCGUGCACACCGAGGAAGACAAGGCCGAGACGUCCUCCGCCGCUGGCUCCGCUUCCUCCGAGAGCGGCGCUUUUCUCCUCUCGUCUCACCCGCUCCAAGACCCUCCCCGCAGAUCGCCGUUCGAGUCCCUAGACCGCGAGGAGCCGCAGGUCGUGACACUCGCUGAGGCCGAGCCUGAGGUGGACAACAGCUCGGAGUGGUCUGAAGUCGAGGCGUGA